AAUGGUGAUGUGCAGGAGCCGACGGGAGACGUCAGAGAGGUGAAGGUGAUUCACUUCUCCAGCGGAGAGACUCUGACCGAGGAAGAGGAGGCUCAGCAUCAUCUUCAUCAAGAGCCCAGUGCUUCCGACCCGAGAAGCCGGACAUGGAGGGAUUAUUCUCGGUUUUGGGGAACGCAGAUUUUGAGAAAGUCUUUGCGAUUUUGUGAUUUUCUUGGAGAGAAAAUGGCCGGUUUACUGGGACUGAAUUCUGCCAAAUAUCAGUAUGCUGUUGACCAGUAUCACAGAGAACAUAGGAAUGAAACGGAAGAAGAGGUUUUGUCUUCAAGCACCAGCGUGAACGAGGAGAGAAUUAAUCUGUCAAAAAUAGAGAGUAAACAGUAUGGAGCCACAAAUGAACAGGACCUGAAAGAAACACUACAAUAUAAAGGAGAGCAGAAUGAAGGAUACAAUUUUAACAAAUAAUGGAUCUAAAAGAAUGUGAAUUGUAACAUUGUA